UGCAGUCCACACUCCUGACCAGUUGGUGGUGGUAAUGCAUCAAAUCGUUACGUCUGAUCCGCCGCCGAAGAAGAAGAAGACGAAGAAGACCACAUCUGCACUGCAACGUUAUGUGGUGUUUCUUGGUCAGUGGUCAGAGAGUAUAGCUGAUUCACGUUCUUUUGAGACCAGCUCGCGGGGAGGAAAGACGGGGUGGAAGAAGGAUCGGACAAAAACCUUUUAUCGAGGGAAGCCUCGUGGGGAAGGUGGGACCAUAGAGAUGACCGAUGGCUGUAAUCGGAAUGAGUUUGAGGAGGAAGAGGAGAUGUUGUUUUCAGACGGCGACUCUCCAAGCUUGUUGCGGGACCUUCCUGCCUACCUAACCAGAUAUGCUGCCGAGAACCUUCCUACAACUAAUUCAGGUUCCCAAAUUGUUGAUAAAGAGAUGGAAAAUAAAAAGGAGGUGGAUUUGAAUCAGCUCAAACCCCAGGAGCCAGCGAUGUCCAGCUGUAUGCAGUCUGAAUCAGUCUUGAAAACUAAUGCUCGGCAAAGGUCAAAGUUCCCAAGUCUGAAGUAUCUUCACAAGAGAAAUGGGAAGGGUGAGACACAUCUUCACAAAGCAUGCAAGAGAGGAGACCUGGUUCAGGUCAAAAUGCUCAUUCAGGCCGGAAUCAACGUCAACACGGAGGAUUAUGCAGGCUGGACAGCUCUCCAUGAGGCGUCCGCUCUGGGUGAUGGAGCAGUGGUGGAGGAGCUGCUGAAGGCCGGAGCCAAUGUAAAUGCCAGGAGCUGUGAUGGUGUGACGCCGCUACAUGAUGCUGUUUCUUCUGGAAACUAUCAGGUGGUGCAGUUUCUCCUCCAGAACGGAUCAAAUCCAAGUGACAAGAACGUUGGUGGCCUCAGUGCUCUAGACAUGGCAAAGGAGGAGAAUAUCAAGGAGCUGCUCAGGUCUUUCCAGGCAUCCACUGCAGUACAGCAGUCAUCUGGUGUAACCGUAGAACAAUGCAGACAACCAGGUGCCACGUCCUCGGUAGCUCGCUGCCUCUCAGAGCUCCCUCAGAGCUUCGGUCGGAGCUGCAGCGACUCAACAAACCUUCAGUCCAGACAAUCAGACGACAGAGUUGAAGCACAACAGCACAACGAUGCUCAGCAGAGAAAAGAAGACAUAAUUGUUGAUAUUGUGAGUCAUUCAGCAGCUGUAACAGCGGUUUUGGAGGAAGUCAGGAAGAAACAAAUAGAAAUGUCAGUUUGGCCUCUAAUGGAUCUAAAUGAUGCAGGCAGGUAUGCUGAAGGUUUAACACAGAUCCAGAGUGUGUUAUCCGAUGUGCUCGCCAAGCAACGUUUGGAGAUGGACAGUCUCUCCCAGAAAUACCAGAGAGUUCCUGACUCCCUUCGCCAGCGUGUGCUAAAGAGUCAGUUCAUCUCCCUUGCGUCACUUCAGAGGAGCUUAAUGGAAAUCCUACAGAAGCAAAUACAUCUGGAAGAAGCAUAUAAACAAGUAAAGGCCAAACAUUCAACUCAGCCUUCAAAUCAAAGAGUCAACAACACACUGAGACAGCAGCUGGAUCGAUGCUCCGCCCCAGUUUCCACACCAGAAUCUUAUAAACCCAGAGAAGCUCUCAGCUGUCAUGGAGACAGGAACCAGAGCCAUGCGAUGGUUACUCAGCCCGAUUCGUUGAGAUGUUUGUUCUCCCAGGAUAAGAGCGCUCCCACACACCCUGAUCUGCAGAAUGACACAGCCAGCAGCUGUCAUAGUACCCCGCAACUCGAAACAACUUUACAACAUGCCAGCUUCAAGAUGAAAGGAAAGAAAGCACUGAUACAGGCAAGGGCUGAAGAGGACAGAGGAUAUCUCUGUCGGCUUGUACAGCGGGGAGUUGUGGCGCCUGGAAGUGCUCUACAGCUGGUUUGGAAGGGUAAACAGCAUCUUGCUUUUGUACAAGCUGAUGGCUCCAUGAUGAGUAAAGGCAAGCUGCACCAGACUCCAGAACGGUGGAUGGAGUCCAUCAUUGGUAAUAACAUCCCCAUCAGCUCAACAUAUGCUUUGAACAAGGUGACAUUCAGAGACAAACCUUUGUCCUACUACAUACUAAAUAUUCACGCCAAAGAAAACGCAUCACAAGCUUGUUUAGAGGAUGAUGAUGCGUCUACUCAGGCAGAGCUGAUUCCAGAGGCAAAAAGUAUAAAUCAACUACUGAAGAAAAUCAAAAUCAUCCAUUUGGUGGAUGAUGAUGAGCUGCUGCCAAGUGCCAUCAUGGACUUCUACUGGGACAAGCUGUUAAAUCAAGACUCCUCAGAGUUUGACAACUGGGAGAGUGAGCUGUAGAGUAAUUCUGUCCAGAACUUUGUUUGUUAUAAAGAUUGAACUCUGUGAUUUUUUUUUUCUUGUUCAGUCUUUUCAGAGUUGGAUGGAUUUAUUGUAAACACGGUGGCCUCAAGCAUUAGAAAAAAUCACCAAGUUAUAAUUUAAUCUAAGACACACAGCGUCUUCUUUUAACUGUUGUACCAUCAAUAGGUCUGGAUAGAACUGAUUGGCACAAAUUAGUCAGUAAAAUCUGGUUUAUUUUUAUUUUAAGCAUCCUUCACAACCUGUUUGUAAAUGAGGAUAAGAAGUGAUUUUGGUGUUCAUUGUUGCACCUCAUAGACGUUGGUGUUUUUAAGCCUAAGCUUUAGAAGCCUGCAGGAUUGAUCUUUGUUUUUAUCUUGUUGUCAUCGUCAGAGUUGAGUUUUUGUGGCGCUUACAACCAGUUUCUCAUUGGCUACUUCAUAUUUCUCAUGUUGUAACUUAUUUUCCUCUUCUAGGGAGUUAUAACUUAUACUAGUGGAGUUUUCCUCUAAGUACUACUGUUAGUCACUGUAUUAGACUGAAUGAAAACUUUCAUCGGUUAUCCUGUAAUCUGUGAUGUGUGGAAAAAAAUAAACCCCACGUUAAUCUGAAUUUCUUCAAUUUCAGACUCCAAACUGCUCCAAAACUGGUAUGUUGGAGUCUUUUUUGCCCUGAUUUUUGGUUUUCUAAUAAAAUGCAUCGAAAAAUCAA